AUGGACGUUCAACUUGAUAAUUCUGCUUUUAUUGGUACGUCUGCUACUACCACUGCUGCUGCUGCUACCGGAACUUCACGGCAACUCCUCAAUCUCCAAUGGUUACAAGGGAAAGUAAUUGAUCCAAUCAUUGAAUCAUGUCCGCCAUUGUACCUAAUGUCCAAAAACCCAGCUACAAUUGAUUUAAAGGUAUUGGCAUACUGUCUAAUUGAUUGUAUCCAAAGGUACGUGAAGAGAACUCCAUGGUAUUCAUUAGUUAAAGACUACCUCUUCAUUAUGUUUCUUCUCAAGAUACUUUCCACAAUAUGGUUCCACGUUAGAGUAUACGGAGUCAUCGGUUCUCUAAGAAGAACAUAUAAAAGCAAUUGCAAGUUCCUUUUUAAAAAAUUAUUAAACUCACCAUUCUUAAAAUCAAAAGUUGAUAAACAAGUUUUAAAAGUCACAUCUUCCAUUGAAGAAAGUUUAAUCAAAAAUGAUUCAACAAUAUCACAAUUCCCACAAUUACCAUCCUUGGGACUCACUCAAGAUUCCGUCAUAUCUCAACUAGAUUUAUUAAAUGAAGUUCUAACUCAUACUGAAUGGGAACAAGGUAAAGUAUCAGGGGCAGUAUAUCAUGGUGGUUCUGAUUUGAUCCAUUUACAAAGUGUGGCAUUUGAAAAAUAUUGUGUAGCAAAUCAACUACAUCCUGAUGUGUUCCCCGCAGUACGUAAGAUGGAAGCUGAAGUGGUUUCUAUGAUUCUUAAAUUAUUUCAUGGUCCUGAAGAAACAAGUUGUGGGACAACUACGUCUGGUGGGACUGAAUCGUUACUAUUGGCUUGUUUAAGUGCCAAGAUGUAUGGGUAUGAACAUAAGGGGAUUACUGAACCUGAAAUGAUUAUACCAAAGACUGCCCAUGCUGGGUUUGAUAAAGCUGCUUAUUAUUUUGGUAUUAAAUUACAUCAUGUUGAAUUGGAUCCUGUUACGUUUAAAGUUGAUUUGAAAAAAGUUGAAAAGUUCAUCAAUAAAAACACUGUGUUGUUGGUCGGUUCUGUUCCAAAUUUCCCUCAUGGGAUUGCUGACGAUAUUGAAGGAUUGGGUAAAUUAGCUCUUCUUAAUAAUAUACCAUUACAUGUUGAUUGUUGUCUUGGUUCCUUUAUUGUUGCAUUUAUGGAAAAAGCGGGUUUUAAUGAAGAUGGACAAUUACCAUUAUCUGAUUUUAGAGUACCUGGCGUUACCUCCAUAUCAUGCGAUACACAUAAAUAUGGGUUUGCACCAAAGGGUUCUUCAGUGAUUAUGUAUCGUAAUGAAGAUUUAAGAAUGCAUCAAUAUUAUAUCAAUUCAGAAUGGACUGGUGGAUUAUACGGUUCACCUACUCUUGCUGGGUCAAGACCGGGUGCCUUAGUUGUUGGAUGUUGGGCCACUAUGAUCAAUAUUGGUGAAAAUGGUUAUAUUGAAUCUUGUAGAUCUAUCGUUACAGCAACAAGAAAAUUGAAAAGAUAUAUUGACGAGAAAUUACCUGAUUUAGAAAUAUUAGGAGACCCAAAAUUUUCUGUUCUUUCAUUUAGUUCCAAAGUUAUUGAUAUUUAUGAAUUAUCUGAUAGACUAACCAAGAAAGGUUGGCAUUUAAAUAGUUUACAAAACCCACCAGCUUUACAUUUGGCAGUAACAAGAUUAACGGUGAAUUCCAUUGACUCCUUAUGUCAAUUACUAUCUGAAGAGGUCAAUACUAUGAAAUUGGAAGUUAAUAGUAAACCAUCUCCAGAUGGUACUAGCUCUCUAUAUGGGGUGGCAGGAAGUGUUCAAACAGCUGGUGUAGCUGAUAGAUUAAUCGUUGCAUUUUUAAAUGCAUUAUACAAAUUGAAGCCAGACAACGACACCCACAACGACUUUGAGAAAUGA